GGAUGCGGCAAGGGUGUGCCGUGAGUUUAUGGAGCGAGAGAAAGGGGAGGUGCGUUUCUCUGCUGUUGCUCUCUGCAAAGCCUGAGAGGAGCCAGACAUCCGAGCUCAAACUACUGUACGAACAAUUCCACAAAACCCUUCAACCACUUCUAUACAGAGCACACAAACAAUCCUUAACCAUGCCUUGAAACAUGCUACACAAACUGCCUGCCUGCCUGUCUUUCAGACUGUGAAUCGCUGUCAUUUUCUAAUUUAUUAUUUAUUUAAUUUAAAAGUUUGUAUAAAUUCACCACUAUUCUAAUGUCUAAACUUUAUUUUAGAUUGAUGUACCACUUCUAGUUCUAAUUUCUUUGGGCACUUAUUUUUUUGGAGGGGCUAAUGUUUAGCAGAAAUGUAAUGUAAAAUUUAAGCUUGAAGGUGCAAGUAUGUGCAAAAUAAAGACAGAAGGGUGAUCUCA